AUGGCCGGGUUGUCGGCCGGGAAACGCCUAAUGGAGCUCGGCCUGACCGAAUACGAUAUCUAUGAGGGAGCAGAACGAAUCGGGGGCCGCAUCCAUUCCAUUCCAUACCACGGCGGCUACCUCCAGAUGGGGGCGCAAUUCAUUAACGGCGAGGCGAACCCGAUCUAUAAGAUUGCGUCCAAGUUGGGGCUGAUUGAGGGCGAGCUGUCCGACUUGGCCCACUUCACCGAGUCCAUCUACCCGUCCGGGCCAUGCGAAACUUACAAGAGCGACUUCCAGUUAUUCAUGGAUUUCAUUGAGCCGCUGGACACCAAAUAUCGUACCCUAGCCGAGGUCGACGAAAAGAUCGCACGCUCCCAUUCGAUGAAAAUGCUGUUCGACCUGGACUUUGCCGAGUUCGUAAAGGAGCACAAGAUCUGCGGUAGACGCCUGAAUUACUUUGAGGCCCUAUCGCGGCCCUAUCGCUCCUACUGGGAAUUUGAAUGGUCGUCGGAUUGGGGAGAUCAAAGUUUAAGCAACCUGCGGGACUGGGACGAUCAGGGGGCCAUUGGCGUCUCCUACACGACCACGAAAAUUGGCUACAAGGGCAUUAUGGACUUUAUGGCAGGGCAAUCCCCAGCACAGAAUCUGCAUCUGAAUCAUCGGGUUGCUAAUAUCAAUUAUGGGGGUGAUUCGAUUGAGUUGACGCUCCACAACGGCUCAAAAAUCGAAAAGCUCUACGACUAUGUGAUCGUGACGGCGUCGCUGGGCCAUCUGAAGAAGUACGCUGGCCGCCUGUUUACGCCACAGAUUGGCCGUUUCAAGCGGAACCUAAUAGACGCCGUAGGGUUUGGUGGUUCCUGUAAGAUAUUCAUGCGUUGGGAGGAGCCGUGGUGGCUGCCGGGCACCCAUUCCAUUGCCCCACUCCCGAUCAAGGGAUGCCUGGGCCGCGAGGUUGAGGUGGAUCGCUUUGAAGAGGAGAUGACGACAUUGCAAACUGUAGCCUGGGAAAAGAACACAUUAAUGGCAUGGAUCGCGGGCAAGGGUCAUCGGCUGAUGGACGGUCUCGAGGAUCAAGAAAUUGUCGACAGGACCACGAAAUUGAUACGCUAUGUGAUGAACAAUCAAACGAUUGCGCCGCCUUCAGAAAUUGUUAGGACACGUCUCACCCAGAACGAGCUGAUCCUUGGCGCCUACUCCUACGUCAGCCAAGCACAAGCAGCUGCCGGACUCAAGCACGCCGACCUGGCGAUGCCGUUGAAGCGGGAUGGAAAGCUUCGAGUGAUGUUCGCCGGAGAGGCGACACAUUACAGG